GAUUAUUUUUCUCAAAAAUGCAGCCAUCUAACAAUUCCUUCUUAAUGGUUAUUUUAUCUUUAUUUUGUGUUUUGGUUUGUUUAUUACAACCGGGAUUAGCUGAAAAUGGAGGAGAUAAUUGUGCACAAUUGGCUGGGGGAGAUGAAGAACGUUUACUACUUUGCCAACUUUAUGAAUCUUCUACUCUAUUGUCUCAAUUAGGAAAUUUUGUAACUGAAGGAAUUGAAAGAUUAGCUGCUACACAUGGACUCGCAGAAAAGGAUGCCGGACGGGAAAAGAGAAAGCAUGAGUAUUUGCGUUUUGGAAAGAGAAAGCACGAAUUUGUCAGAUUUGGAAGGAAAUAA